CCACCCGGCUUUGAGCAUCCACCUGCCUAGAGAGAAGAAGCCUCUCUUUGACAGUCACUGUCUAGGCAACCAGCUUGGCAGCUAAACCUAACGCGUCUUCCCGAAGGAUUCAAUAUCCAGUAAAACCCAGACAGCGCAGGUUUAUACCUUCUGCAAAGCCGUCUCAGUGGGAGUGAGGACAGAGCUGCGGACAGGUUGCCCUUCUCACGGUUAUAGCUCGCCAAAAUGUGGAAAACAGCGAAGAACAAAGAACCCACUAGCAACAGACGAUGUUUCUCCAUCGUCCAUCAAUACAUUCAGCGUUUUAAUGAAGUGUCUGGCAGCAAGUCAGCUGUCAUCCGGAUAAAAUCCAUGACUCCUGGAGUAAUGAUUACGCAGUAUGUAAUAAACAUACCGGAGGGGAAAAGCACCCCAGAUUUUGAGAGCACACCGGUGCCAGAAAAUAUCAAAGAAGGGAACAUGGCCAUUUUUAAAGUUGUGGUGAAAGGGGAUCCAAAACCGGAAGUGUCAUGGAGAAGAGCUAAAGGGCCCGUUACAGACAAGAAGAAAUUUCACAGUAAAUAUGAUGAAUCAACUGGAGAACAUAUAUUAGAGAUUGUCAAAGUGUCUGGUGCGGAAACGGAUACAUACAAAUGCUACGCUGCCAACGAAUAUGGAAAAGCUGUCUGCAAAACGACUUUAACUGUGAUUGAGGCCUCGAACCAUCCCUCAGACUUCAGAAAAUUGCUUCGGAGAAGUAAGGAAAAACCCGGAGGGGAAAGUGAUGAAAGAUUCUGGCAGGCAAUGCUGAAAGCUGAUAAGAAAGACUACGAGCGCAUCUGUACUGAGUUUGGUGUCUCAGGCUUACAUUUGAUUCUCAAGAAGCUGGAAGAAAAGAAGAAGGAGAGGGCGCAAAAUAACUACAAGGAUGGUACGACUGCAUAUGAUGAAAAUGGAACGGAGGACCACAGCCUGUCGAGUGGUGGGAGGACGAAAAAUUCUAAUCUCAAAGUGAUGCAAAAGAGCACGGAGCUCCAUCGGGAGGAGGAAGAGGUCCAUCUCCUCAACACAGGGCUGGAUCUGACGGAUGAAGAGGCCAUGCUACUUUCUACAGAAUUUAUACUUUCCACUGUGGACUUUGUCAUCAAAAUUCAGGAGCUUAAAGCUCAAGAAGGAGACAAUGUCCUCUUUGCGUGCGUCCUUACCCACCCACUGCCCAAGAUCACAUGGACGGGCAAGGGCAUCACCCUAGAGGAGGGAGAGAAGUACAGCAUCACCGUGUCGGACCACAAACUCAUCCACCGACUGCUGAUUAAAGACUGCGACCCGCUGGACCAAGGCAUCUAUUCAGCCGGGGCUGGCGUUACGUCCUGCAGUGCCUGGCUGCUUGUUCAAGCUGAGAGUGACCCUGCUUCCGCUGGGAUGAGGAGAGCUCGUAAAACUACCGUGGCGAGUGGAACACCGAUCGACCUUGAGAAGGUGGCCGCAGAGCAACAAAUUAAAAAACGAGAGGAGAUGGAGAAGAUUUUAGCAGCGAACAAGAAACGCAUUCGAUCGGGACCGCUGAUAGAAGAUGUGUCCCAGUUAACUGUUUUUUGUGUGUGUGCGUUAGAUCCAGGGGUUCAUUUCAUCUGUGGUUUGUCUGAUGUCAAUGCCGUCAUCAAUGAGACUGCAGAGUUAACAUGUAAACUCAGCAGUGAAGAUUGUGAGGGAGCCUGGUUCAGAGACGGCAAAAAGAUAUCCCCAGAUGACAAUUUCAGUGUGACUAAUGAUGGUGCGAUCCAUAAAUUAGUCAUAAUCAGGUGCGAGGAAGAGCACUCUGGGAAAUACCGCUUUGAGGUAGAUGGUCGUAAAACAGAGGCAAUGAUCAACGUCAAAGAUCCCCCAAGGUUCAACCACGCAGACCUCAGAGCUUUCACUGAGCCUGUGACGGUUAAAGCAGGCCACCACGCCAUCUUCAAACUGCAGUUUCUUGGCCAAGAACCCGUAAAGAUAAAGUGGUACAGUGAAGGAGAAGAGCUCCUAGAUGACAACAACAACACAAAAAUAGAGAAAUCUGCAAGUCACAGCCGUUUGCUACUGAGCAGGUGCCAGAGAAAGAACACGGGAGAGAUCAGGAUUAAGCUCAAGAAUGAACAUGGCUUCAUUGAGGCAAUUUCACAGUUAAUUGUGCUCGACAAACCUACCUCCCCGCUGGGUCCUGCAGAGGUAACAGAAGGCUCCGCUAUUUGUAUUGAAUUUAGGUGGAGGCCGCCAAAGGAUGAUGGUGGCUCACCAGUGAUCAACUACAUGGUUGAGCGACAGCAGGUGGGACGGAACACCUGGAAGAAAAUUGGGGAAAUCCCAGGUGUACCCAGCUACCGCGAUACAGACGUGGACCAUGGCCGGAAAUAUUGUUACCGUAUCCGGGCAGUUACUGCCGAGGGUGCAAGUGGAGUGAUGGAGACUGAUGAAAUGCAAGCCGGCACACUAGCUUUUCCCGGCCCUCCGGGACCUCCAAAGGUGGUCAGUGCCUACGACGACUGCGUCAACAUUUCCUGGGCUCCGCCGAGUAACACAGGAGGUUCGCGUAUCCUGGGCUAUGUGGUAGAGAAGCGCAAGAAGGGGAGUAACCUCUGGUCCGUCGUCAAUGCCACGGAUGAACUCAUAAAAGUGAAAAAAUAUGCCGUGAAAGAUGUUGUGACAGGAAUGGAAUAUGAAUUCAGAGUCACUGCCGUAAACCUCUCAGGAGUUGGUGAAUACAGCAACCCCUCAGAGUUUGUUUUUGCACGGGAUCCAAAGAAGCCUCCUGGUAAAGUCUCAAACCUGAAGGUGACAGAAAGUUCUUACUCCCACUUUGUCCUCACUUGGACCAAACCGGAGGAUAAACCGGAGAUUCAGGAUGAGGCAAAGGGAUAUUUUGUUGAGAUCCGACCUGCAGAGUGCCUCGAUUGGUCCCGCUGUAAUCCCACUCGCAUCAUCACGACUUCCUUCAGCGUGAAAGGCUUGAAGUCCAAGAACAUGUACUGGGUGAGAGUCAUCGCGGUGAACGAUGGGGGAGAGAGUGCUCCCGAGGAGCUGGCCAACUAUGUCCUCGCAAUUCCCUCACCUGUGAGGCCUAAGUUCACAAACCACAAGAUGAAGAGCUUCAUGGUGGUGAGGGCAGGGAACUCUGUCAGGAUCACAGUGAACUUUGAGGCCUCCCCUCGCCCACAUGUUAUGUGGAUAAAGGACAACGUGCCAGUGACAAAACGAGUCACAAUCAGCAACUCUGACAGCUCAUCGCAGCUGCUGAUCCCCUCGUCUGAGCGCUCAGAUUCUGGUAUCUACUCCAUUUUGGUGAAAAAUCUUGCAGGACAGGAGACAUUCAGUACAGAGGUCAGGGUCACAGAUGACCCAAAGCCACCCGGCCCCGUAGAGCUGGAGGAAAACGUGCCCGGCACAGUGACAGUGAUCUGGGAGCCUUCUCCCGAUGAGAAGCGCGAUGACCGCCUCCACUACACUGUGUCCAAACUGGACUCCACCAAACGCAAUUGGACAACAGUGGCUGAAAACCUCUUCAAUAACAAGUGUACAGUCUGCAACAUCAUGCCCGGGAGGGAAUAUCACUUUCGGGUGUAUGCCGAAAACGACAUGGGCGUUUCCGCGCCGUCAGAGUCACCGACGUGUUGGAAGGAGAAGAAGAAAGAAAAAUGUGUGGUGAGCGUACCGACCAGAAAGGACUGCGACUUGCGAUGCGCUCCGACCUUCAUCGUCCCGUUGAAGUUUCACGCUGCACCCAAGGGCUACGAGUGCUACAUGAGCUGCGCGGUGAAGGGAAACCCCAAACCUCGCAUCACGUGGUACCGCAAUCACAUCAGCCUCAACACUGAUACUAACUAUUACAUCUCCAACACCUGCGGCGUUUGCUCCAUGUUGAUUCUCCGCGUGGGCCCCAAAGACAUGGGGGAGUACGCCAUCGCUGCAGAGAACGCCCUCGGGCGGGCCGAGUGCUCCACCGUCCUCAGCGUGAAAGAGUGAAGAAACUACAGGCGGCACAGAAUGAGCAGUGUUUCUUUUAAAGUUUAGAUUCAAUGUAAAAACUUGGAGUUGGACUGGUUGUGCUGCUUGGAUGUAAUACACUAUUUGUAACAGGAACAAAAUGGACUGUGGUGUCAAUUGGGAACGCUAAUAAAAAUAAAUAGAAGUAUUGCUUAAA